AUGCAUCUGAGCUCUGGGGGCGGCGGCGUCAGGAGGGCAGGACUGCAGGAGGAGGCCACGGGGCGGCCAUUUGGCAAUGCAGGCGCCGCGUACAACCACCUUCAUCAGGGCCUUUCGAUGGCGACCUACGGGCUACGGAGAAUCAAAGGAAAGGAUAUCAGACAUGACGUCAACAAUUUUUCUAAGAUAGCAAGAAAGUCAGUGGUUAUCAUUGCUGACAAGAAGGAUGAAGAUGCCUACUGUAGUGGUUGUGUGAUGAUUAAGGACGGGGCUGUGACAGUGAUAGCGUCCUCAGAUUUUGUGAAGGUUGUCUUUUCUGACAGGGAAGAGUUAGAGGCCACAGUGGUUGCUGUACAAGAUUCAUUCCACCCAGGCUGUGAAUCAGUUUCAGUUUGUUAUCAGUUGCCACAUUGUGGCAGUUUAAGAGAUGAAACGCCAACCCUAGCUGGAAGUCAUUCAGAUUUGAAUGAUUCUUUGUGUGAUGAAGCUAAACCUGCUUUGUCAGAAGAACCAAAUACUGAAGGUGAAAUGGAGCUUGAAACAAACAGUACACUUUUGGCCCCUCAACUAUCGUGUUCGUCUGAUGGAGGCUGCAUUUCAACCAUAAUAAACCUCAUAUUGCACUCAGGAGCACACCCUAGAAUGGGUGCCAAUGAUCUGUCCUUGAACCCCUUGGGUCAAGCCACAAUGGAUGAUGCCAUUUGGCUUACUAAGGUCGUGGCCUCUGACCUUGACAAUGAUUUACAGGGUAUGCCAAGCCAACCUAAUGAGUACAGGCAGCAAAACUUCCUACAAUUCAGAGAUCGGUUUACAUAA